AUGUUUUUUACAAGUGAAUAUAAAAGUCGACAGUUGGUCACUUUCGUUUGGUCACUGUUUUUUCUUGCUUUAAUGGUCAAUACAAUUUAUUCUGAGGAAAUAUUUCAAUCUCGAAUAGUUUACUAUCCUAGUGGCACUCAAUAUUCUCCUGUCAAUCAAGCAGCACAAUUACUUUCGACAACCAUCAAAAAUUCAUUGAAAGCAUGUGCUAUUGCAUGUAAUCAAAAUGUCUUAUGCCGCAUUGCUGAGUAUGAUACAUCUGCAUCAGGACAAUGUCGAUUGUUUGAAGGUGACAUAGAUACAACGGGAAGUAUUAUUACAUUACCAUCACAGUCAAGAGUUGGCGUUGUACAAAUAUCAGCGAGUUUAUUUUCACAACAUGGUUUUCCAUGUGGUACCAGUUGUCAAGAAAAUCGUUAUCUUACCUGUCAAAAUGAUUCAACAUGUCAAUGUAUGCCACAUACUUAUUGGAAUACAACAGCAUCUAUAUGCAUGCCACAAUCAUCUCUAGUCGGUGCACCAUGUCAACAAAAUAUGAGCAUGUGUCGGGAAGAUCUCGAUUAUAGCUGUUUGCCAACCAAUCAGUGUGGAUGUAAGUUGCAUCUAUUCUAA